CAUCGCGAGUGUGUAGAGAGGAGUGGCCUUGGGACCCCCCUGUCAACAAAAACUUUUUCAGUCUGCACUUGGACGCAGUUAGUUUGACGUCCCCCUCGAUUGCCCAUCUCAAUAACAAUAAACAAGUUAAUCGGUGGGACCCCUUGUGUGUGUGUUUACCCUAACAAAUAUAAUCACUGCUAUUGGUAACAAAGAGAAACCACAGCCACCACCUUAUUUCCUUCCACCAAAUAUGGAUAUCUCAGUCGACGACGCGGCAGUUGUGGUUCUUACUAGUACUGUGAUGACGACGCACCAAACUGGAACGCGAUUCGGUUGUUUCCGAUGAUUUCCACACAACUUUUUUUCUUGGAAACUCCUGUGCAUUUUAGAGGGGGUCUUGCGUAAUCCUGCCCAGUUUCAUCAAAUUUGUUUAGUUUCUUCGUGCUGGGAAAAUGGCUGACAUUAAUGGGAGACGAGUCUUGGAAUUGGUCAAGAAAACUGGUAACAGUGUGUGUGCAGAUUGCAAUUGCCAAGUCACAGAGUAUGCAUCUUACAAUAUCGGGGUCUUUCUUUGCACGCAGUGUGCCGGGAUUCAUCGUGCCUUGGGGACCCACAUAUCCAAGAUAAAGCACCUGAGAUUAGACAAAUGGGAAGAAUCGCAAGUGAAACAUUUAGAAGAAGUGGGGAAUAUUGUUGCCAAAAGAAAGUAUGAAGAACGGGUGCCAGUUUUCUACAGAAGACCAUCAGAAAAUGAUCCCCAGAUUCUCAGAGAGCAAUGGAUAAGGGCCAAAUACGAAAGGGAAGAGUUUAUUCACGUUGAGAAGCAACGGUAUUCCCGCGGAACUAUGGAAGGUUUCUUAUUCAAGAGGAGUAAAGUCGACGAUUCGUGCAAACAAAGGCGGUUCGUCCUGUCUGAGAGGGACAACACUCUUAAAUAUUACGUCUCCAAUAAAAAGGAUCCCAAGGCGGAAAUUCGUAUUCUCGACAUGAACGUAGCAUUUGCCCCUGAGAAAUUGAAACCUCCAACUUCCCUUCAGAUAACCUACAUCAAUCAGGGCUCAACUCGACACAUUUACGUGUAUCAUGAUGACGCAGAAGUGAUUGUCGAAUGGUAUAUGGCUAUUCGAUCAGCGAAACUCAAUUUACUCCAAGUCGCGCAUCCUACAUUGGCCGAAACGGAGUUGGCACAAUGUUUGACUCAGGAUUUUCUGAAGGAAGGAUUUUUAUGUAAAACUGGGCCUAAACCUUCGGACGGAUUCAAAAGACGAUGGUUCACUUUAGAUGGAAGAAAACUCAUGUACCACGAUCAGAAAUUGGACCCUUAUCCCAAGGGAGAAAUCUUUAUCGGUCACAUUAGUGACGGUUACAGUGUCCACACAGGCCAGCCACUCGGUUGGAAACUCAAAGACGUGGGUUUCAUUUUUCACGUGAAAACGCCGUCGCGCGCCUUCAUCUUCUCGGCCGAGAGGUCCGACGACCGUGACGAAUGGAUGGCGGCCAUACAGACGGUCAUCAAUCGACUAAUGUCACCUCAAGAUUCUUUUUUGAGAGGAAUAUUGGUAAAGAAGCGAGGUGGGGGAUCGGUCGUAUCCUUCUUUUCUACUCGCUAAGGAAGAUGGCAGCAGCUCGCAAAUUUUAAAGAUGCACGUAAAAUCAUUAAACAAAAAAAUAAACUCCAUUCACAGUAAUGGUGAGAUAUACUGUAUUGGACAAGGUGAUCUUUCAUGUAUCGUACAAAAGCUUCGUCGUUAGAAGUGGCAGCCAAGGUAACUUCAUUGAAAACUUCACUGCGACUGAUUUCGCGGAAACCCAACUUUUGGAACAUUUGAAUACUCGCAAUAUUAUCCAGUUUGAUUUUGGCUUGGAACUGUUUCACUCCCAAUUGCUCUAUACCUGUGUUUUUUUAAUGACCGUUUUUUUUUAAAUGAUGCUGUUUGUUCUCUGUGUAACUAUCCUCACCAUAUUUGAGCAUUAGUAAUGUUGAUUCUUUUCCUCUUCCAUUUUUACGAUAACCAGUCUCUGCAAUCAUGAUCUCAAUUUCUGCCAAGGUGACAUCAGUUUCAUCAGUCAUGAAGACAUUGGUGUCACCAAUCAUAGACUCUGUUCAAGGAUGACAAUUAGUAAGUAGAUUGAAUAGUUGAUGAUGAAUAUUUUGAUUUACCAACUUCGUUAUUUGUCUCUUCGUAUUUGGCUUUAUCCAAAAUAAUGAAAGUGCACUCUGUAAAGGAAAUAUGGUCAUAUUGAUAUUUGUUGUCAAAACUAUUUGGAUAUUUUGUAACACUAAACUGUCUUCAUCAGCUG